CGUGGAGACAUCCGUGAGUGGUGGACGCACUCUCGUUGCCAGUGGUGAGGACUCUGUGUUCCCAAAAAUAAGCCCUGUCGCCUCUUCUGUGCUUCAGCUCCUCCGGGGAGCCCAUCUCGAGUGCGUGCCGGGCGCCUGGGUGGCCGCGAAAGUGGGUGAUGGAGCAGUGAAUGGACGCCGCAUGAAAGAGUAAUGAGCGCGGGAGUGUAUCGAUUUGCAAGAGGUGCCCCUUUUUGCCGGAGCCGCACACAGGAGAGUUAUGUGCUGUGAAUACAAUUGGGGUGCAAAAUCGACCCUCCGUGGUAGCUUCCCAUUGACUUGCUGAGGGUGGAAAAAUUUUCAACCGCUUCUGGCCCCCUUGUAAAUGUGUAUUUCUUCCAUUGUGCGAAAAAUCGUGAGUGGAUUGCUCAAGAAGACUUGAGGAAUUCUAUGUACAACAUCUUCUGACCCGCGCGCACCGCCAUCGCAUUGAAUCUGCACCCUCGCAUGGAGUAGUUGCAUCAGAAAAGUUGGCAGAAAGUGGCGAAAUCACAUCACUGAGAUUCUCCCAGUAUUGAUUUGAAUCUCUUGCGGAAAAGGAUUGAAAAUGCCUGGAAUCGUUGUGUUCAAACGAAGAUGGUCCGUGGGAUCGGAUGACCUCGUGGUGCCAGGUGUCUUUCUAGUAACAAUUCACGCCAUUUGGCUUUUCAUACUCGCUCUAGUUCUAGGCCUCGUACAGUACGAUAAUUCCGUGCGAUGCAUAGAAUUGAUGUGGCUGUAUAAAAUAGGAUAUGCUGUUGUAUUAAUUGUUUCUUUGCUAGUGGAAGUAACAAUAUGUGUAAUCUCAAUGAGAGGAAGUAUUCUGGAGACAAGUCUGCGGACAUCGAUGAAUUACUGGGUGUAUUUGAAGCUAUUUGUGAUAUUAAUAGAAAUUGCAUGGCUGGCGAUGGGUAUUGUGUGGCUGAAGGAGUUCUAUAUGGAUUGUCCAAUAGCGGAGGCCAAAGAAGUGAUGUUCGGUCUAAUAGUCUGCAAUUUCAUAGUGGUAUUUGUUAUAAUUGGCACCAUUUGGUGUACCUUCGACACGGCCGGCAGAUCCUGGGUGAAGAUGAAGAAGUACCAGAGGUCAAUGAAGGAGUCGGAGUCGCGCUUCAACUAUCGCAGGAGUGGGAGUCGCAACAGGAAUUGGCGCCAGCGGAAAGUCAUCAGGGCGUACCAGGAUAGUUGGGACCAUCGAUGCCGACUCCUGUUCUGCUGCAUGGGCUCUUCAGAGCGCAACAGGAACUCUUUCACAGACAUCGCCAGGCUUCUCAGCGACUUCUUCCGGGACUUGGACGUGGUGCCGUCGGAUGUGGUAGCGGGAUUGGUGCUGCUCAGGAAGUUCCAGAGACUGGAGAGGGAAGCUAUCGUGAGACAACGCAAGAAUGGCAUCUAUGAAUUUCUGAGUGGUGCACCGAUCACGGAAGAGACGCAAUUCCUAGCUUUAAACGACAGUCGUGAUUUCAAUUUUUUCCAAACGGUCAUCCACUACAUGUACUACGCCCAGAGUGCCUACGGCUGGCCCAUCUACGUGAUGACCCACUCAGUCACGGGUCUCUGUCAGCUCUGCUCUCGCCUCAUCUGUUGCAUGACAUGCUGCAGACGCCGAGACAGGGUUGAGGUGGUGAAGGACAACUGCUGUCGCUGCAACUACGCCACCCUGCGGAAGAUGGCUCCAGAUUCAGACAUUGAUGUGGUCUAUGUGACUUACCACGUGGACAUUGGCGAGACACCUUUCUUCGUGGCCGUAGACUAUACUAAGCAAAAAGUCGUCAUCAGCAUUCGCGGUACACUGAGCAUGCAGGACGUCCUGACGGACCUGAACGCAGAAUCCGAGUGUCUGCCUCUCAAUCCGCCUCGAGAGGAUUGGGUGGGACACAAAGGCAUGGUGCAAGCGGCUGUUUACAUCAAGCAGAAACUGGACGAGGAAAACCUCAUUCACAGAGCGCUGCAUCACAACCCCGAGCGAAAUACCCCGUCCUUCGGUUUGGUGAUUGUGGGCCACUCACUGGGCGGCGGAACGGCAGCAAUUCUGGCCAUACUGCUGAAAAAUGACCACCCCUCUCUUCAGUGCUUCAGCUACUCUCCUCCCGGUGGAUUACUGAGCAUGCCCGCUGUGGAGUACUCAAAGUCCUUCAUAACGUCCGUGGUGGUGGGCAAGGAUGUCAUACCGCGAAUUGGAUUGCAUCAAAUGGAAGCGCUCAGGGCGGAUUUAAUUAAUGCCAUAAAGCGGAGCAUCGAUCCAAAGUGGAAGACCAUCGCCUGCUCAGUAUUCUGCUGUGGCUGUGGCCCAGAACCCACUUCCGUCUCGCAAAUGUCCAGUCGAGAUGACAAUAUUAAUGCAUAUGAAGAGCAAAGGACGAGUGCCCGGAAUACCAGUGCUCAUCCAAAUGAUAGCUCCAUCGCCCUCACCCUCCACCGGCCAAUGUAUCCGCCAGGAAAAAUAAUUCACAUCGUGAGACAUCAUCCCACACCAGACGAGCACAAGUACGAGAAGGGUUGGAGGCAAUUGCUGAAGAAAAGGGAGCCCGUCUAUCAGGCAAUUUGGGCGAAGAACACCGACUUCGAUGAAGUCCUCAUUUCACCUGUUAUGUUCAAGGAUCACAUGCCAGACAAGGUGCUCGCCGCUCUUAACAAGGUUGUAACAUCACACGGACCUCGGAAACCUCAGCGUCAGCACACAAAUUGCAAUCCCUCCUCGGUGGCCAUUGACCUUCCGGAUGGCAACCACUACAAUCAUCGGCCUCAGAGUCCAGUGUCGCACAAGGUGUGCCUCGAGACAUCCUUCACGAGCCUCCAGAGUCCUAUAGAUGCGCCUCCGUCCAGCAAAGGUUCCUCUCUGGCGGGCAGCAUGCUCGGCCGGAGCAUCGACGCCUCGAGUCUCGUGGAUGACAGUGGCCUGGUGAGGAGUAUGUCUGGCCCAGCCAGUGAAGCCACCACUGUUCUCCUCGCGGAACCCAGGAAGAAUGUGGCCUUUGACAUCAAUAAGGCCGGAAGUGCUCCAUCGCCCGCACCAACAGUUCUUGCCUUCCCACGUGGAAUUCUCCAGAAGCCAGGAGUUCCUCGGAAACCCAUUAGCUUGUCCUUCACGGAGGGACGUCGUACGCCGUCGGAUGUGGUGAAGAAAAUUGACCUGAUCCAUGACGAUUGGUUUGGACUUGCGCCUCUGGCCAGUCCCGAGAGUCUGUCCGAAGUAUCCAGCAUAAGUUCUCGGGCGAGUCUGGCUGCGAGUUUAGCCACGAGUAUUGAGAAGUGUCUUGGCGGGAUAAUUCAAGCUCAGAAGGAUGAGCCUCUGAUUGAGGAGUUACACACACCGCGGAUCAUGCGGAGAGCACCCAAGAUCACUGGGAAUCUCUCCAAGUGUGGGGAUGACUGGAGAUCUGUGGAGAAGUACAAGAGAAUGGGUCAGGUGUUCAUAACGAAUCCCCGAGUGCCUUGCACGAACACCAGCAGUUCCAGUGAUGACACAUUCGGAUCUGUGGACUCCUCUAACGGCAUAGGACAUCUGAAUGAGGCCUCAAAGUCUGCUGAUAAUAUCGAUGAGAGCACAGGCGAAAUGAUAGCCACAGCUAAGCUCACGAUGAGUGACAGUGCUAUUCUGGGAGAUGUUCCAGGAACUCUGUCCGUUAACCAGUCAAUCGCUCAGCAUCCCAAAGUGACGACGGCGAGCUCGAGUGAUACCUAUCACAGUGCAAUGUCCUCCCUCUCCGCCCUGGAGCCGCUAAAUUCAAAUUCCAGCCUGAAACUUCGCUCUGGCGUCCUGGAGUCACACUUUCCCGUCUUCACCGAGUGUUCAGAAACCUCUGAUCAGACUCACUUGCUCAUGGACUCUCCACGUCGAAAGUCCCCCAGUCGCAUCAUAGGGAAGAGACGCAACACUCCGGCAGAUAAGAUUUUCGCAAAGAAUGAGUCCUUGCCAUUGCUCGCGAAUCUGGUAGAGAAGUCCAGUCCCACGAAUUUCGUGAAGCGGAAAACAUGCGUCUACCCUAUGUCCAGCUCACCCCACAAGGGUGAGAGUAAUGUUUAAGAUGGGUGACGGGAACUUUUGAUAUUUAUACAGAGUACAAGUUAAUAGGUUUACAAAGUGGGGAGACAGACAGAGUAAUAGAGCUCCCAAAUGUGUAUACAAUUUUUAUGAGCACUCACGAGGACUUGCAACUGUUGAUUUUCUGUUUUCCCCAAACUGUAUCUUAAAUCAGUCAAUCCAUGGUUUAGCUUUAGGCUAAUAAAAAGGGCGGAGCGUCCAUAUGGGCGUGGCUUAAACUUGAAUACAACAAUACUCCAAUACAUUUUAUAUUGUUUGGCCCUGACUAUGCAAUAUGUAUUUUUGAAGAAUGUUGCAAGACCUUGCAUAGAAAAAUGUCUUUAGUUAAUUACUAAAAUUAACAUUCUAGAGAUAUUUAUACCACAACUCAUAUAAUAUUGCCUCAAAUUGAGUGAAAUACUCUUGAAAAAUUAGUUCAAGAUCAAAACCAAGCAGAAAGAUUGUGCGAAAUCUAGCAAAACUUAAAUGAAUGGCAAUAGCAUUGAAUAAAUGGGGUCCAACUGUGCCAAAAUCAAACUAAAUAUUCAAGUUUGUAGAAAAUUUGGACAUUCAGUAACUAUUGCUCUAGCUUUCAGAAGCAGUCCAUAGUUAGGUACAAUACAACAUUUGGAAAUGGAAUUUCCGGCAAUUUUCCAGCGAGGGCGAAGGCGUUUAGUAAGAAUGAGACAUUUAGUGAGUGCAAUUCUAGUGAAAGAAAACAGAAUCUCUUGUCUUUAUGAAUAAAUUAGUCUGAAUUGAAAUUGAAUAUGAAUUGAGUAUUGUUGAGUAAAGAGAGUAAUUACAAUACAGUUUCAAAAAUAUCAUAAAUUUCUCACGAUUUUCACC